GCUGCUGCGGCUCUGAAAAGGUACUUCCAUUUCCAUGCUCCCGACGCAGCCCCGCCCCCGCCUUCUUCUUCAGCGCUACGCACCGGCCCGUUCUGACCAGUGGAGUAGCUAGCUCGCCCCCAUUCCAUUUCUCGCUAUAAAUACAAGGGUCCAGCCAAGCCAUUGGAGAGGUCCCAUUCGCCAUUCCAUUCUGUUUAGCUACUCCAGCGAGCGGUCCCAGCUUUGCUUCUCUUCCCUUCUUCUCCUCCUCGACCUCGUUCUGUCUGCCCUGUGCUUGCCCUGCUGCGUGGAACCAAAUGGAGAAGGCGGCGAGGAGGCGUCAGGUGCCGGCGUUCGGGGAGUGGAACUACUACUACCACUACGACCAGCCAGAGGCGGUGGCGCCGCCCGCCGCGGCGUACUUCUACGGCGCCACGCCCGAGCCGGAGGCCUGCAGCGACGUGUGGUUCAGGUACUCUCCUCCCCCGCGCAAGCCCGCGCCUGCCAAGAAACCCAGGAGGAGGGUGCCGGAGGGCGACAGUGACGCGUCGCUGGAGAAGAAGGGGAGAAGGAGUGCGAGGCCGGCAUCGGAGGCCAACGGAGGCAGCCUGGCGCGCGCCACAAGGGUUGUCCGGCCGGUCGACAAGGACCUGUACCAGGUGCCACCGCCGGAGCUGGCCUCCUCCCACAGGCGCAGCCCCAGGAGGAGGAGCCUGUGGAUGGGAUGCCUAGGAUGCGUCGCCUGAAGGCAUGAACCUAUCCUCCGUCGACACGAUGCUACGAGCGUGCUCGUCGGUAGCAACUAGCAGUAGAUUUAUGUUUAUUUUUUUGCGAGGAAGUAGCAGUAGAUUUGUGUUACGUAGUUAUUUUUCUUUCUUUCUGUAUGUGUUGAUACUUCUGUGAUCAGUCUCUCUUCGAUGUU